GUCAUUCACGUUUGGACCGCAAGAAAGACAAGUUGUGUUAACCACCCGUGUCUGCAGCACAAAACCACCAGUUCUUGGUGCACACCGUAGAGAGUGAGAGUGCAAAUCCCUGGGAUAUAAAGUCCUGGAUACAUUAAUUGGAUACGAUUCAAAUCACAGCCAUUCAUGAGCAGGCAGUGACUGAGAAUUGGGAGAUUUUUUUCGUGUGUAAAUGCUCACCUAGGAGCUCAAAAAUCCUUUCUAGGUUUCCUGGACAGAUUGUUUUUCUUGUGAUCUGUGUGUGAUUGUGCAGUGGAGUGUCCAAGUGGAUUAACUAUUCUUCCUGGUUUUCUGUAUCUUUAUUAUCUUUGGUGAAGGCUUAGCACUGGAGUCCUGGAAAAAAUGGGAUUUUUAGCAUACUUUUUAGCAAUCGUAACAAUUUCUUGUGGACUCCUGGAGGUUGCAGCAGGAAAACCAUGGCCCACAUAUAGUCUCGAGAAUAUGCCACGAACGAGCUUUUCGUGCAGAGAUAAAAUAUUGGGGGGUUACUAUGCGGACGCCGAGACGCAGUGCCAAAUGUUUCACGUGUGUGUGAAAGUUGCAGGAGUUGGGGUGCAAGAUUUCCGUUUUCUCUGCCCCAAUGGGACGGCCUUUGACCAAGAGGCACAGAUUUGUGCUGAUUGGGGAGACGUGGACUGCGAAGCGGCUACCCUGUACUAUGGAAGUGACAAUUUUGACCUCUAUCGCAUUGGCUCUGGCUUUGAAAGCAAACGAGCACCAUUUGCUGAGGAAGAGGAAGCCACCUUCCAUCUGCAGAGAGCUGAAACAGGUGAUGCUCGUCGCGGUAAGCAGGUGAUUGUGAAUCAGAGCAAACACGCGCCAACAUUCGGACCGAAUGCCUUCAGCAGACCUGCAGUUACCACAAAAGCAACAACACAGCAACCUCAGACGACAUCGAGUCAACAGCCGCAGGUGAAUAGGAAUGAGUUUGCCUACAAUGCAAACUACUAUCAGGGUGUCUCAAGGGCGUCAGAGUACCGUCCGACGUCAACAACGACGACAACCACAACUACGAAGCCAAUCCCUGCGGCUCCAGUCUUCCCUGAGACACAGAGAUUCAGUGGGAAUGAUGAAAUCUUCCGAGGAUCGCACAGUUCGAACUUCUUCAACAAUCGCAACAACGGAAAAGAAGACUACGAGAAUGACUACAGUCCAACACCGGUAACGAGCACUGUUAAGCCAAGGCAGGCAUCAGUAAGAAUCAGGCAGAGAGGUCGUGGAGGCAGUCGAUUCAUUUCCACCCUCAACAACAUCAGCACAGCACCGGAGAAGGCACCAUCGAGCACAGUAGCAUCCACUAAACUUGCUUCGGCUUCAGUCACAGCAGCGCCAUCGUCUCUUCCGCCAUACUUACGCACUCAGGGCUCUUUCUCCUUCACCUCCAGAGAUAACUUCAGAUCAACUCCUCAGGCAGCACCUAGUGCAUCACCACAACCAGCUGUUGUUACAUACAGACCACUACAGCAGCAGCCAAACUUCCAUGCAGCUUCAUCAACAUCUAGGCCAGUUAGUCAGGAAACAUCAACAUCAAAGGAGAUCUUCAAGAUUCCCUCAUCAACACCUGCUUAUACAACAUUCACAAGGCAACAACCUUCCCAAUUCAAUCCUCAGCAAAACUUCAGAACAUCCCUCGAACCGCAGCAUUCACCAAAUCCUUCAAUCUCCUACACACCUUACAACGCAGACACAGCCAGAAGUAGACAAUCAUCUGAUUACUUUGCUGGAAAUGCCAAUGAUAAAACAACACUGCAACAGAAGUCAGCAGGUACAACAAACUUCCAGACUCCAUCAACACAGAAACCACCUCAAAAUCCAGGUCAAAAUCUAGGUCAAAAUCUUGGGCAAAAUCUUGGUCAGACUCCUGCUCAAAAAGACGUAGUAAGCUUCAAUUUCAACAACUACCAGACGGCACCAGAAGCUAGAACUCAGUUGCAACCACAACAGAAAUUCGCGCAAGAUAAUAAAUUCAAUCCUCAUUCAAACUAUGAUUUGACGGCGGUACAACAGAGUAAAUUCACCUACAACCCUUAUCAGACGAACAAGGUGGGUCCACUCGCAACAAGCAGCCCAAUUCCUUCGUCAACAACAGCCAGCUUCUACUCAACUCCGGCUCCAGUUCAGAGUUCUUCACCAAGAGGAUUUACUUCUGCAGCUAGCCUGCCUGCUGUGACAACACCGAAGCCUAUUGUUAACUACGAAAGGUACCAGACUGUUAGUCGAAAUGGUGACAACUACACUCCAUCAACGGUGAAGAAAUUCUCAACACUUGUACCUAAAGAGCUCUACGAUCCGACGACAUUCAAACCAACAACUUAUAAGAAACCCGUUGAUGCUUUUGCUGCUAUUAAGGCGAUUCAGGUUGAGCAGGCAAAGACCGCCAGUCCAAUUCAGUUUAACAAAUUCUCAGCAGCUAGCUAUCUGCCAAGUACCAGCACGCAAGCUCCAACACCUAAAGUGGAUGACGAUGAAGAUGAUGGACAGUACCAUCCUGAGCUGUAUGAGAAGGACUUUGCUAGACACAAAAUCGGGCACAAAAGGAAAUUCCCAAAGACAACGGGAACAAAUGCUGCUACCUAUCAGUUUGGAACAAACUAUCAAGUAACAGCUGCAACAUUGCCACCGGUUAACAGUGCUGAAGAUGAGUUCUUGAAGACAGCUCAUUCGCAGAAUAUUGCCGCCAGUGGCAAUGAAUUGAGGGCAGAGAAAGAAAAGGCACGACAUCAGUCCACCACAAAGUCUGCAUCGAGAACAUCCAACUUCUCCAAGGCUCCAACGAUACCACCUGAUGCUACAUCAACGAGGCGACCACCACAGGUUUCGGCUGUUCCAAAUGAUAAGGAUGCAAGCUACGACUACCAGUACUACGAUACAUACAGCGGAAAUCCACGAGACUACUCUGAAUAUGAGAUUAUUGAGGACUUUGGCAAGACAAAGACCAAGAGCAAGAAACACUGAACAGCCUUCAACUGUUUUCUUCCCCCCAUCAAUCCUAUCCCUAAAAAUUUUCCCCAUUAUCCUUAAAGCCAGUCAAAUUCCUCCCUCCUCGCAGAUGCGACAAAAUUCUGGACUUUGGUGCUUGGGCAAAAGUAAGAAAAUCAUGGAGGAUAAAAAUUAGUGAAACCGCCACAGCGAGGAGAUUUCUGGAGGAUGUUUGUUGAACAAUUCCAGCAGAGAGCGAUCUAGUAAAAAGAAAAAAAAUCUUCAGCCAGUAUUUUUGUACGCUAUAGCUUGUAAGUGAUAAAAUUGCCGCAUUUGAAGCCGAAAGGUCCUGGAAGACGCGUGUAAAUAGGAUGUUAUUUGUUUUAUUUUCGCAUUAAACAUUUUUCGCGUGACAUCGUCGGAUAACUUGAGUACGGAGAAUACUCCCAGUUUUUUUUUGUCUGUAACAUCGGAAUUUAAUAAAGAAAAUAAAAAGAAAUCUAGAAAAA